CAUCUCUGGGUUGAAAGUUACAGACAUAGAGCUAAAGCGACUGAAGGAUGCUUUCAAGAGAACUUGUGGACUCUCAUAUUACAUGACCCAACAGUGCUUCAUCAGAGAAGUCCUUGGUGAUGGAGUUCCUCCAAAAGUUGCUGAGGUUAUCUAUUGUUCAUUUGGAGGAAUAUCCAAAGGGCUGCACUUUAAUAACUUGAUAGUCGGAUUAGUUCUACUUACAAGAGGCAGAGAGGAAGAGAAAGCAAAAUACAUUUUCAGUCUCUUUUCUAAUGAAUCUGGGAGUUAUGUUGUCCGUGAAGACAUGGAGAAGAUGCUACAUGUGGUUGAUGGGAAAAUCCCAGAGUCACUCAAGAAAUGUUUCUCUGAGGGUGAAAAGGUAAACUAUGAGAAAUUCAGGAGUUGGCUAUUACACAACAAAGAUGCUUUCACAUUUUCUCGUUGGCUGCUGUCUGGAGGUGUGUAUGUGACGCUCACUGAUGAUAGUGAUACCCCUACCUUCUAUCAAACCCUCGCUGGAGUCACACACUUGGAAGAAUCCGACAUCAUUGAUCUUGAAAAACGAUAUUGGCUGCUAAAAGCUCAAUCAAGAACUGGACGUUUUGAUUUAGAAACAUUUGCCCCCUUAGUUUCCCCUCCUAUUCAUCCAUCACUGAGUGAAGGUUUGUUUAAUGCCUUUGAUGAAAAUCGGGACAAUCACAUAGAUUUUAAAGAAAUUUCAUGUGGGCUCUCAGCAUGCUGCAGGGGACCCUUGGCAGAAAGACAAAAAUUUUGCUUCAAGGUUUUUGACAUUGACCGGGAUGGUGUGUUGUCUCGCACUGAACUUAAAGAAAUGGUGGUUGCACUUUUAGAGGUCUGGAAAGAUAACCGUACUGAUAAAAUACCUGAGUUGGACAUGGAUUUAUCUGAAAUUGUAGAGGAUAUUUUGAAUAUGCAUGAUACCACAAAGUUUGGACAUCUAACUCUGGAAGACUACCAGAUAUGGAGUGUGAAGAGUAUAUUUAGAGAAAAUUCAAACUUGAAAAUUAUGGUAAUUAACUCAUCUGCUUUGUUUGUGGCCAUGAAGCUGUCUAAGGAACCUUUCAUCGCUUUCUUAAUGGAGCAGUCCUUGAAAGCUAUGAUGUCAAAUCACUAUCGUAUUGCAGAAGCUGGGGAUUAG